CAUGUCAUUCCAAGAUGUAUACCUACAAAGGAGAAUUAUAGAACCGUCCGUGUUAGCGCUGUAAAUAAAUACCUACCAUCUGUUAUUUGCAUAAUCGAAUUACCUACAUAAAUACGUGAUUGAAAUAUAAGAAAAAGUUUGUUAUAAAAUUAGUGCCAACAAAAUAGAAUCUAUUCUUAUCUAGGUACAAUGGCAAACAAUAAUUGCGCAGACUCGGAUAGUGACCACGACUACGACACAUGUAGUGUGAGUAGAUCUAACUCGUGCUCAUUGCCAUUCGAUCCCACGUCGAUAGAGAACCUCAUUUUAAAGAUCGCUGACAAGUUCGAUUUCCGCGUGGUACUAAAUGAUGGACGGGCUAGAGGUGCACUGGUGGUGACUACGGGGCUGGCCCUGGCCGGUGCACUCCUCGGGCAUCACUAUGGUGGAAAACUAGGAGAGGGCGGAAGAAAAUGGGGUGGCAUCGCUGGUGGCGUGGUUGGUGGAGCUUGCGGCGCUGGUCUUGCAGCUGUGUCCAUGAGAGAUAUAUGGAAGGAUAUCAAGUUUAAACUAUCCGAGCUUUUCGAUAUUGUCUAUGACUAUUUAGCUGGACUUGGCAUAGACGAUUAUAAGAGAGCCGCAAUGUUCCUGACUAAGAAUGGUAGUGUUGCAGACCUAGCUAUGAUUAUAUUAAAAACGACAUCCAGUAUCCUUGGUCAGAAAAUAUUGUCUAGUUUGCCUGCCGCUAACUGAUCGCAAAAACGGGGUAUAUUCCGCCCGUGUUAGUAAUAAAAAAAUGUUAAUAAUUAUGUACAAUGCAUAGGUAUAUUAUAAAAGUGUUUACGUGAUCAAUUUUAUUAACUUUGCCUGACAUUUUAAGUAUAAUAAUAAAUUAUGACAUUAAAUAUUAUGUUAUAACAAAAAUUCUAAUAUUGUAUUGACUUAUAGUAUCAAUAUUUAAAAUGAACAUUCCAGUUGACAGAACCUAUAUUAUUAUAUUACUACAUUAUAUAAUAUAAAUAAUUAUCUCCUUAUUAUCUCGAUGCUUUCGCUUUAUAAAUAACGGGACUUUUCGAUUGUUCGUUAUCUAGUUUGUACUUAUCUGUGUUUUAUUAUUGCCAAUAGUAUUUAUAAUUAUUUAGAUUAAUAUUAGUUUGUCACAUUUAGUUAAGUACCUAUUAUGUUAUGGAUAAAUUUUGUAUUUUUUUAAUGCUCUGUAGUUCUUCAACGUGUUAUAAAAUUGUUCAAUUUAUUAUAUGAUUUGUAUUUAUUUUAUUAAAUUUAUGACAAAAUUAUGCAGUAG